AUGUCCGGUCCUGAUCUUCAUCAUCACGCAUCUUUUUCCGCUUCGAUAAACGACAUAUCAUUUUCGCCCCCAACUUCACCUCAUCGAUGUAAGUCGGCUCGGAGUCUUGCGGCGCUUAGGCGGACUGUCAAGAGUAUCUUGGCUGUUGAUGCUGCUGCUGCUGUUGAUGCUGCUGCUGCUGCUGCUCAGUAUACCGGUACGCACCGUGAAGAAUACAUCAUGGGUAGCAGGAAAGUGAAACGUUUCGCGCAGAAUCUCACCUACAGAUUCACACCUAUCAGUAGCGAGGCUAAGAGAAGCAAGCAAGCGACCAAGCAAAGCAAAGCAAAGCAAAGCAAAGCAAAGCAAAGCAAAGCAAGGGCUCUUCUUCAAUUACGGGGACCUCGCCUCGGCCCCGGUCGUGAAGCAAGGCUGCCUUCCGCAUUAAGGCUAGGGACUACUACUACUACUCCCUACGUCAAUUUCCCAAGUAGUAGUACUGUAGUACCGUAUAAGAAAUACGCUUCCAAAGGAUGUCGAGAAAAUGUACUUCUAACGCAUGAGCCCGGCCGCAGGCUAAAACCUACGGCCCUCCGCACGCUCCGGAGUAAGUUUUCCGCACUUCGCCGUGUAAUCUUCAAAGUUCAUCCUGGCAAGAGGCCUGUCUAUCAUGCAACAUGUGAACCAGAAACUGCUUGCUAUCAUGGAAUCGGUAAAAUACUAGAGGCACUACCUAGGAGGUUCACAAUACAAGAUCACCAUCAUCUCAGAUCACAACAACCUGAGGUAUUCUAUGACUACAAGGAUUCGAUUAAGCGGCAGGCAAGAUGGGUGAUCACCUUGUCUACGAUUGACUUUGAGAUCACCCAUAGACCAGGAUCAAUAUAUAUGUAUGCUACUUGGAAUACCGUAGAUCUUAUGUUGACAGUGAGAGGAAAGGUUGGGGGAGAACCAGCACAUACUUACCUUACAUAUGGAUGUCAAGUGCCUCUAUGCUGUGUAACCAAACCGCCGCACGCAGCAGGCGCCUUUACCGAACGCCGCACCUUCGGAGUACAUCUCGGUGGCGAUAAGGAGAAGAGUCGUGACUUGCGGCGAGAAGGAGACCAUCAGUUCGCCAAGUCCGCGGGAUCGGGGGGUUACCCAUCUCUUUCCAGGGUGUCCAAGCACAGGAUCAGCAUUGCUUUGGGCAGAAGUCAGAGAAUACCUAAGGCCAUGGGUUACACUGGCCCAAGAGAGAGAACGUCCAUCGCCACCUACGGUAGAUCUCGAGCUGAAGUAAUCGAUUCACGGACCAAGAGAGGGGCUCUUGCCCCCCGCGGCUCUGGCUCUGGCUCUGGUUCUGGCUCUGAGGCGGUGGGCGUGGCGUGGCGUGGCGUGGCGUGGCGAGGACCCUGCCCAGUGCCAACCAUUCGCCUUCGAGAUCUUAAUCAGGCGAACUUGAACGGACCGUGA